AAUUGAUAGAGCGUCAUUUGUACGUAAUGGAGUCGAUGUUCAUUUCGACAAGUUGUAAUUGAAAUAAUUAUAUAAUUUUCUACGAAAUAUCACAUAAAACUGUUUGUUAUUGUGUAUUACUGGAUUGCAGUGAAUGGUUAUAGAUAAUUUAUGGAUACCACACGUGAUAAAAAGCUUUCAAACAACCUCGUUUUAUCAAUGAACGAUGAUCGUCUCAAUAUAAAAGCAAUAGUGUUGCACGGACAACGCCAAUUAUAGUUUUGGCUGAGAACCAGGACUAGUGUUAAUGGUUUUGAGGGGGCACCUUUGUGGACCACAGUUAGAUGAAGGUAUGGCCUCAGAUCAACCUGUGAAAAAGAAACAGCGGAUUGACGCACCAGAUAUCGACGAAGGUAGUGACCGAUCCACGGAGGAUGUCCUCACUGACAUAUUUGAUUCUGAGAAUACCCCUGCUGAGACAUCUGAGGAGUUCCCGACUCGGAAUGGUGAGUCUCCAGACAGCGGGACGGUCAGCGAAGAUGCUGUUGAUUGUUCCAGCCUCUUGAGACUCCCAAGCGACACCAAUGUAGAAAUUAUACCAUCCUGCUCCAGUUCCACACCACAUUGGAGCUCGGAGGAUGAUAAACUGUUGGCUGAGCUCAGAAUACUUCAGGAUGCGCUGGUAGGUCAGUGUUUAUGUAGAUUUAAUGAGACGGCAGUAACCCAACUGUUUGACAGACAACUGAAUAUUGUAUCUUGGCCUUUGACAUGUUCCCUCACUUAUUUAUCUACGAUGCAGCUAAUGUUCGAUAUAUAUUUAAAACAAAACAGUACCGGCACCAUAUGUUCAAAGAUAAUGCAGGCAUGUGACAUUUUUGUUAGAAAUAGGCAUGAUUGGAUAACUGAGGUUGUAGAAUUGGCAGACCAUAAAAGUAAAUUCAUAACAUUUGUAGCCUGUAGAGUAUUAGCUAGCUUUCUAAUAGUGUCAAAAGACACGGUUGAUGAGAACUGGCUUCAGCAAAUAGCUGAAAACAUUUACCUGUUUGAUAGAAUCAAUAGGAUCACAGUACAAAAGAUUAACUUCAGUCUAGAUAUCAUAAAGAGGAUAGUUGAGUGGAAAGAUGUGGAACAGCACCCUUUAGAAGACAGCAGUUAUAUGAACUCGGGGAAUGUCCAAGUGCAGGAGGAUAAUCCUUUCAGGAGUACUGUUGGCUAUGGGACUACUAGUAACGACAUGCCCUCAAGUUCUCACAGUAACCUGCAAAAUGCAUUUUCGAAUCUACAAACACAUGGUGCGGCCUCCACGUCUUCAGAGCAGGAAGGACCAGCAACAUUCAGAUUAAAUGAGCCAGUAUUAAAGUUAUCUAAUGAGAGAGAUAUGGAACAAUCAGAAUCCCCGGAGCCUCCCCAGUCAAGGAUAGAGAGGGUCAAUGAACAUGGUUGUGUCACGGUUGUGCUCACUGACUCUGAAUCCUUCGACACAUCACAUAUAAAGUGCCUAACAAUUAAAACAUUAGAGCACCACUGGCCUGUGCUGGUAAAAAACAUGAAGCUUCUUCUUCUAAGGUACCUGAAUUUAGCAAAUGCUGAAAAUUGUAUACUAACGUUUUUCUCAUUAUGGGAGAAUAUUAUAAGUGUGAAAGCGAAUCUCUCAGUAAUAGACACAAAACCGUUCUAUGCAGACUUACAGGGCUUUGUAGACCUGUUAAGGAAUACAGUGCUGCCAAGUCUAAUUUAUACUCAUUUACUCAGUUUGUUCAAUGAAGUUCUGUGUUAUGGUUCAACAUUAGCACUACAAGAUAUUUUGCCUGAAGAGAUAUGCUGUCUAGCACACUCGAUUGUGAGGUUUGUGAAAGACUUCAGACUUUUAAAUGAUGUAAGAGUUCAGACAAGUAGAAGUGGUUUUGGGUUUUUAGGGAAUGAAUGCACAAUCCUGAGAGAUUAUUCUCUAGGCCCCGAAGUAGCGCCGUUAUCGUCUUCCAUUCAACUUGUCGAUCAGAGUUAUGGCGAAGAAGAACAUGACGACUCGCAAUCGAGAGGGGAAGUUGACAAAACAAUGCUACAAAGAAUGUCGUUAUUAGUUCUCAAAUCUGUAGCUGUUACUGUGAAGGAAAUGCGAUGCGAUUCCUCCGACAGUUCGAUAGAUUCUUCAGAUUACAACGCGAUACAAGACAUGCAGAUUGUAGAACGAUCGAUACGCGAUGUACUCAAGAAACUAGACGUUUUCAUCAGAAAUAGUCUCGAGUUCCAUCCUGAGACACCAUUUACAAAAAUGCUGAUACAUUUGUUUAGUGAACAGGAUGAUUAUUUGAUUGAAUCUAUGGUAUGCACUCUUGAUAUUACAGUAGGGAUUGUCUACAGAAACUCAAUGUACCCAGACUUAAUACCAAUGUUGAACCCAAUAUCUUCUUUCAUAGAAUUCCUGAAGGUAGUGUCACAUGACAGUGAUGUGUUGCUGGAUUAUUUGGUGAGCAACGAGACAUGUUUCUUGUUAUACUUACUCAGGUUUUUGAAAUAUGUGAGGAGGAAUUGGCCGAAAUUCUUGGAGACUUGCCAGCAGGCAGAUUCUGGUGGAAGCAGAGGUCUGGAUGACACCAUGAGGGUACUAAUACGAUUGAGAUUGCAGAUCAGUAGACUUGUGUCCAAGUCACUGUUCCCAUACAAUAUCAGUCCUGUGCUAAGGUUGUUGGAAGUGUGUGAGAGUUUGUAUGAAGGGAAUGAGUUUAGCUGAAUAUGCAAUAAAUGUCCACUCUGAAGUUAAAGGGAAAUACAAACUGACGACAAUGCUAGACUGAAUGAAAUAUGAUUGAAACUGCUGUUGUUUGAGCUAGAUCAUUAAUUACAGUCAAUAACGUCAUAUUAUGUAUGUGUAGGUCUAGCACACCAUUCUUGCAUUGAAAUAAACUUAUGUAAAAAGACUGCCAACUCAUUAUACAUUCCAAACAUUGCUUAGUUUUGUGUAGUAAUUAGUUCUAUUUAAUUUAUAUUAAUUUGUAGUGUUGUAACAUUUUUGUAAUAUUAUGUGUAGUAUUAAUUUUAACGUGUAAUUAUAUAUGUUACUCAGUCUUCCUUUUAGAGUAUGUUCCUUUAACGCAAUAUGUUUAAAAUAUUGGGGCACUGUGGUUCUUUUAAUAUGGUACAAAAAUAAUAAUUUAAAAAAUUUAGUUAGGACUAUUUCCGUCUCUUUGGUUUUCAAAAAUUAUAUUGUAGCAGUGUUCCGAACUACGCCCAGUAAUGUGCCUUACCAUUAUGUAAUAUAGGGUGCUCAUCAAUAAAUAUUUUUAUGUAGUAAUAAAUGUUUUCAAAAAUAUAUUUAUAUUAUAUUUAGGGCAGCAUGUUGCAUAAUAGAAUUAAAUAGUAGUUUAGGAGAUUUUUAGAAUUAAUUUAUUCUAGUUUUUAGAUAAUCGGUUGUAUUAUAUAUUUAGUUUUGAUAUUGCAUAUAAAAUGCGGGUCUAUAACAUUUUUUUUUUAACUAAAUUAUAUUCCAUGCCACAAUGAUGUACAUAAUUGCCAUCAAUUACCAUUUUAUAAGUAAAUGUAAUCAGUAUUAAUACAAUAUCCUAAUUUAUAUCUACAUUAUAAUAUAAUAAAUAUCUCUGAGGUUUGGUAGACUUAUUAGAUGUGUUAUCAUUAGCAAUCAUUUUAUUUCUUCAAGUCCUACUACAUACCUAUCAAUUCUUCUCCACAAACUACAAACUUAUGUAUGGGAGAGGCAUGCUUGGGUACAAAUACGGCUUGAUCGACGCCCUCACACAAAACUAGCGUGAAACAACGUAUGCCGUGUGAUUCAUAACUAAUUUAAAAAAUGCCAGAAUCUCCUCAGGCAUUCCACAUAGUCCUUUGCCCCUACGUCAUCUUCCUAUCCCCAUUAGACUUCAUUCUUAAAUAUUAAGUCAAUUUGUCUCCUUUUCUACUAUUCAUGUUGCUGAUAAUACAUCACUAAUAAGUGUACCAAACACAAAACCAUACUUUGACUACGGGAUCUUAUAUGUUUUAUAAUAGCUUUAAGUGAUAGAAAGAACGACAACAGACUGUUAUGUAGGUAUAAAUGUGUCCAUUUUGUUACUUCCAUUUAGAUAGUAAGGUGUUAUAUUAGUAUUUUUUUUAAUAAUCGGUUAUUUGAUAUGAAUACUGAAUCUCAAAAUUGUGGACCUCUUAUCUGCACACCAGUUUAAACUGUUAUCAUAAUGAUUUUUUAUUUACUCUGAAAAAAUAAUGAAUGUUCUAACAAAUCAAUGAAUUGAAAUAAGUUUUGGUACUUAGAUAUUAUUAAUUAUGUAUUUUUUUAAUACCCUGAUCUUGCCAACAGUACUACCGUAAACUUGUUAGUUUUAUAUAUCUGUAACAUUUAUGUAUAUUUAAGAAAAAAUGCAGUAUCUUUUUUUUUAUUUGUUAUAUUUUCAGUAGUUGUCAAGAGGCUGAAAAAUUAACUUUACACUACACACAAUGAUUUCGCUAACUCCUUUAUCAUAUUUCAUUAAAAUUACCUAUUGAAUGAUAUUUACAUCAUAUAUUUUGGCUUUUUAACAUCCUGAUUUGUGUAAAAUUUAGGUUUAUAAAUUGAAAAUUCAAAAUUUUGUAUUUAUAAGCAGUAAUUUAAGUACUUGUUAUUGUUAAGUAACAAUAAUUUAAUUUAAAUAACGACAUUAAAUGAAAUAUUUUUGUACAUGAUGACAAA